ACCGAAUCAGACAUCGUCACAAAUCACUCAGUCAGCGCAUGACGACCGCCUCUGAUGGCCAUGGGCAGCAGCGUGGCGUGCACACUGUGAGAGAUCUGCAUCCACACAAACACACAAAGCAGCAGCAGCGGCUGCUGCUCGAAGCAUACCCGAGAUUCCCUUCCCUCCCUUCUGUUCCCUCACCCUUUGAGACUCAGUGAGCGGAAGUCGAUGAUGAAAAAGCCGCCGCCGCCGCCGUCAUGGCGCCGCUCAAACGCGCCUGAGGGAGAAGAAUGGGAAGAACACAGAGAGGGACGGAAAGACCCAGGGAUGAAUCAACGCCAUCUGCGUCAGCUUGCUUGUGCUUUCCCUACCAGCUCCAGAUCGGCCCGACGGAAGGCCCCUCAAGCGACGACCUGUGCGAUGGAGGCGUCAAGAUGGCACGUGCUGCGGAGGGCGGCAGAAAGAUGAAAAAACUCUUCACGAAAAAGCACCCCCCCCUGAGCUCGCCCUUCCUCCGAUCGCUCCGGUGAGGGCACCGCGCAGUCGCUGAGUCGACCUCCGCUGUACAAUGACGCCUUGAAACAAUCAGCAGCUGCCCACGCGCCUUCCUUCGGCUCGUUGUUUCAAGGCGUGUUCGGCAGAAGGAGAGAGGGCCCAUUGCUUGCGGGCGGCAUACUCCAGUAUAGCAGCAGCACAGCUUGCAUCGGCGGGCGCAU